AUGCUGGGACUUGCCCUGCUUGCGUUCAGUGCAACGGCCCUGGCACUCAACAAUGGUGUCGGGCGUACGCCUGCGAUGGGUUGGAAUCCCUAUAACGCAUAUGGGUGUAGUACAACUGAGGCCGAAUACCACACCAACGCUCAACUCAUGAAGUCUCUCGGUCUCGUGGACCUUGGAUACACCUACUUCGGACUCGACACCGGCUGGCAAGGUACCAAACGUGCUUCAAACGGCUCGAUCACAUGGAGUACAACUACUCUGCCGAGUGGCGUGCCAUCGCUCGCAGGGUAUGUGCAUGGACUGGGGAUGAAGUUCGGGGUGUACUCCGAUUCGGGCUACUUUGCAUGCGAUUGCAAUAACGGAAACGCGGGAUACAUCGGGAGUCUUGGGUUCGAGACUCAGGAUGCAAACGCGUUCGCCAGCUGGGGCGCAGACUAUCUCAAGUACGACAACUGCUUCGCCGUCAGCAAGACGGACUUUGUCGACUACAAUCCUUCCUUCAGCCUCACUACACACUUCGCAACAAUGCGCGACGCGCUUGCCUCAACUGGUGUCGACAUAGCCUACUCACUCUGUGAGUGGGGUCUGCAAGAUCCCGCUCGCUGGCCGGGUACGGUUUACGGGAAUAGCUGGCGCAUGUCGAACGAUAUUGCCGACAGCUGGAAUGACGUGGUUAGGAUCAUCAACGAGCUGGUGCCGAUCGCUGGACUGGCUGCUCCGGGUGGCUUCAAUGAUAUGGAUCUGCUUGAAGUCGGGAAUAGUGGGAUGACUAGCGACGAGCAGACCGCCCACUUCACAUUCUGGGCUGCGGCCAAGUCGCCUCUGUUCAUCUCCACGGAUCUUUCGUCGAUCUCGAGCACCGCGCUUGCACUGCUCAAGAACAAGAACAUCAUCGCGCUCAAUCAAGACUCCCUAGGAAAGUCCAUCACCUUCAAGAGGCGCUACACAAGCGUUUCAGAUGUUUGGUCAGGACCUUUAUCCGACGGUUCUACAGCUGUUGUGGUUUUGAACUGGAAGAAAGCUCAGUCCUCAUUGACUCUCGAUCUUGCUGACGUUGGCUUCUCAUCGGCAUCCGCUACCAACCUCCUUACCGGCACGAGCCUGGGCACCCUCUCCAACACCUACACCGCCACCGUCUCUGCUCAUGGUGUUUUGGCGCUCAAGCUCUCAAACACGAAAGCGGCGUCGGCGCGAACCUUUACAUACUACAACGCCGCGUCUUCAUCAUCGACCCUUACAGGCACUGCAGCUACGCGCGCAGUCAACUCGUCUGUCAGCGUCGUGGGCUUCAUAGGACAAAACGCCGGAACGUUGACGAUCAAUGGCAUCGAUGGCGGCUCUGGAGGGUCCAAGCUCGUUAGCGUGGACUAUAUCAAUGCGGAUUGGACGAUGACGAAUACUGCGUGCCCGAAUUGCCGCGUCGCGUAUCUCAGCGUGAACGGCGGGACGCCUGUGGCGGUGGAGAUGCCUCUCUCCGGGAUGACAUGGGAUCUGGUGUUUCAGGGAUACUUGGUCGAGCUGAGCGGUUUCAAGACUGGGAAGAGUAAUACGAUUACGAUCUCAAAUCCGACGAGCGCGUAUGCACCAGACAUGUACCGAGUUGGUGUACAAGUGUAG